AUGGCCGACCAAGAAUGUAAUAAACAAGGUUCGGAAGACACCAAUGAUGACACCAAUGUUAAUUUGCUGAAACAAGAGGCUGAAAAUGGAAGUGGUGAACACCAAUAUGAAUUAGGCAAACGUUAUCUCAAGCUAGCUGAUAGUGAAAUCAAUAGAGAUGAAAAUAUUAGCUUUGCAUUACAUUGGUUAGUGAAAUCAUCUAAGCAAGGCAAUGAAGAUGCCACGAAAGAACUGCAAAAAUGUAUGGAGGAUGAUAUAGGUAUAAAUGAAGAAAAUGGACCAGAUAUAAGAUGGUGUAUUCAAACCUCAAGCCUAGAGAAACAGAUACGCCAUGCCUCUGCACGACUCUUUCAAUCUCUCAACACCACCCAUAAAAAUACAAUUAGCAAAGAUGAAUAUAUGAAGGCAAUUAAAAGUCUUCCUGGACAAAAACAACAAAAACUUCUCAUGGCUGCAGGUUGGUCUUUUAUGUUGUUCAGAAAUUGA